AUCAUGGCACCCAGAAGAGGGAUUACUCUAGCGAAAACAGACUUUCCUUUAUAUGUUGUCCGUUCUUUAGGAUGUAAUUAUUUUCUAAUAGCUGGAGGUGGUGGAUGUGCAAAAACAGGCGUUUCGAACACUGUGAAAAUCUUUGAACUUAACAGUACGGGUCCAUCUUAUGAGGCGAAAUGUGUCUCUGUGUGCGACACAGGAAGCAAAGCAACCAUGAAUGCUGCCACCUUUGGAAAUGAGAAAGGUUAUGUGUUGGCAGCAGGGCUAGAGGAAGAAUGUCAGCUGUAUAGCAUCAAGCCUUUGAAGGAAAAACCGGACAAUAUUGGUCCUGUCCGGCAGGAAGCUGGUGAUGGCAGGGAGGAGACAGCAGAUGAUAAGAAAGAUACUACAUUGAGACACAGGCAUGUGCCAAAGGAUACUCAACCAGAGAAACUCAAGAAGACGAGUACAGCUAAGGGAGAAGAUAAAAGUAUAAAGGACAAACACUCACAACAAUCUGGUGAAGCUACUGAAGUAGAACGAAUGUUUGAAUUCGAAAAACUUGGAUGCAUUCUGACAGACUUUCAUGCAGAUGGUGGAUUUCAGAAAGCCGUUCGAUUUAGUUCUGACAAAAGCCUGUUGGUGACAGGUGGCGCUGAUGGUUUCCUGCGUGUUUGGAAGCAUCCAAGCUUGGAGAAACUAUAUGAGGUUAAAGCUCAUAGUGGAGAGAUAGACGAUCUAGACAUCAGUCCUGCAGGUGACAAGAUUGUCACAGUGUUGAAAGAAGGUCAGCCGAAAGUUUGGCAAACAAAAGAUGGAAGUGCAGUGGUUGACCUACCUUGGGAAGAUCAGGGUGGCAUUGCAUAUAGGAGUAGAAACUGCAGAUUUGCACCUGUAGACGGCAGCACCAAGGCUUGUACUCUGUUCACGACACAUAUACCAAAACAGAGGAGUGGUAAGCAUGUGCCGUGUUACCUGACAAAGUGGAACACGAAGACGUGGUCGGUGGAGAAACUGCAGAGCACUGGGAGUGAGGUUUUGUCGUGUCUUGCUGUAAGUGAUGAAGGGAAAUUUGUAGCCGUCGGCACAAUACCAGGAGAUGUCAUAAUUUACAUCGCAUUCAGUCUGCAGAGGGUAUACCGCGCACAGGCGACCCACGGUAUAUUUGUGACGGGGCUCGAUUUCUUGCCGAGCCGGAAGGAGAGUCAGGCGGCCCAUGCUCGUGCGCACGACGCAUCCCUACUCAGCGUUUCAGCCGACAACCAGGUGCAGAUUCAUCAUGUUCCCUGCCGAACUAUGAUCAGCGUCGUGUGGGUGAUAAUAGGAUUUGUGCUAGCCCUCCUGAUGGCGUACAUGUUAUUGGACACUGUUGGACUCUAAGCUGUGUUACAGCCUGCCCUGUAUGCAGCAGGGAUGACGGGUAAUGCGAAUAUAUUUACACGAGGGUCCAUUAAUGGGUAUAAUCUCUUGAGAUCAUUUUUUGAAAGGGUUUUUGUUUAGCAUAAUAAAAUCAAUCGAUGGUAUCAUUCCGUGCCAAGAUCACUGCAGUUCCCCCUUAGCGAUCAUGGUGGAGGUUUAGCUGUGAAGUUCUAUCAUGUCUACAUUAACAAAAGUAAAUUUUGUUUAAUUUUGUACCGGAAUCGUGUUUUCUAAUUGGUAGUACUUGAAUGAGCAAGCAUAAACAUGUAAAAGUUAAACUUUCAAGCUCUUACCACAGUUUAAUAUUUGCUACUAAUUGCACAAUGAAAUACAAGGUCCAGUAAAGUGAGAUGAUGCUCAUGUUUGAUGAUGGUGCAAGGAUAUUAUGCUAUCAUAAUAAUUGAUGUAUACAUAGAAAGCUGUAUAUAUGCGUGCACGUAUUUUCGAAUUUGCAAUGUGUUUGCAGACAUGCUGUGAAUAUUCAAACACAUUUGAUAUCUACAUACAUGUGGCUUUCAUGGGCAACAGUAGUACAGUGGAAUAUUUCAUAACUUGGUUUUUCUGCAAGUUUCUGUUUUAUGGGCUAGUAUAGUAUAAACCUGAUACAGCUAAACUUUAUGAUCUGGCAUUUCAUGAUCCGAAAAGGGAUAAUAGAAUGAUAUGUUGGAAUGGCAGAUACUUUGUUAUUUACACACUUAUUUGUUGUUGCUUAUUUUUGAAAUAUUCACAAGUAUUGUGUGAUCUCCCAUAAUCUGACGUAAAUCAUAUUAUGAGGAUACCAAGUGAUUAUAAACUGUAUCGGUACAAAGUGUCGAAGAACCAAAUUAUUUGUUCCAGUGGUGGAAACACAGUGCUAUAGAAUUAUAAUUAAAAUACCUGGUUUGUAUAAUUUAUAAAAAGUAAUAAAAGAAAAAGUAUUUAUUUAUGGUGAAA